AAAAGUUCAACUUCAAGCCCAGCAACAAACCACCCUCGACAUGACUUGAUGUUGCAGCUGGAGCUCCAGUGACUGCCAAAAUGUCGUUGUUCGAGCUCGUAGACGAUGCCAGUCCACCGGACUCCGAGGUUGCCCCAUCAUCGAGUCAGAAUAUAUUCUCUUCCCCUCCUGGAGCUACGAGAAGUCGUCAGAAGGAAGAAAAACCACCAUCUGUAACACCGAGAAGAUUCAGGAAGUUCUUUACACCGCGGUCUCAAGGCUACCCAAACAGUUCUGCUCGUGAGGCUUUGCACGACAUCACUGCACCGGCGCUGAAUCGAAAUCCCACUCAGUCAAGCCCUCUCCGUCCUUUUAAGAGUAUCAAUUCCAAAGAAGACAGUCCCACAUCCUUUAUUAGAGGUUCAAAAAGACAGAAGACAACACAUACACCAGAAACCUCGCCCCGAAAAUGUUCAAGACGAAAACCCUACAGCUCCCCUGAGGAAGCAAACGAAAGCGAACUCGGCGAGCACCUGCUGUCUUCACCUUGUGAAAGAGCUGUUCUGGACACAAAUCAUGAGGAGAAGGAGUCAAUGGAAGAAUACCAAUAUCAAAAGCCAGUAGAGCCCUUGAAACGAAUUGUUUCCCGAGUGAACAGAGGUCUGGGAGGGCAGUUGUUAGACUUGAGCAUCAGGAGCUCGGUUGGUCGAAGACGCCAACAUCAUGUCUACACGUCCAAUGAUUGGCAAGAUCACACCCAGUCGUUCUAUUCUAGAGAGGAUGAUACCCACCUUUGUACAAGCAUAACUGGGCCAUCCCGUACCAUCCCAUUUUGCACAACAGGAUGUAAUACAAAUAGUCUCGUUGCUAUGGGAGAUGAAGAAGGUCGAGUCCGACUCAUGGAGUCGGCCAAAGAUCCAAACUCGGUCUUUAAAGAUGUAUACCUUUCCUUUCGUGUCCAUACCAACGCUAUUAUUGAUAUGGUUUUCUCCGAUGACGACCGCUUCUUAGCAACAGCAUCAGGCGAUCAGAGCGCAAGAAUUGUUGAUAUGACCACUCAAACCACCAUUUCAAUCCUUGGGAACCACACAGCUUCGUUGAAGCAAGUCCGAUUUCAGCCUGGAGCAAACAACCAUAGUAUCAUCGCUACAUCAAGCAGGGAUGGCAGUAUACAGAUAUGGGAUCUUCGAGUCCGCGGAUACAGUGGCCCUCUUCAUACAAUGUACAGACCUGUGGAUCCUGAUGAGAACACAAAUAACUCCCAGCCACACGAUAUUCAAUGGGGCCGGGCUGUCAACAGCAUAUGGAAUGCUCACAAGCCUUACACUCGCCACGCAUCAAGUCUUAAUCAUCCUGAUGCAGGUUCCCGUGGCGAAUCAGUAGGCAGAGCAGGAGAUGUUUCCGUCACAGCAAUCGAGUUCCUGCCAGGUCGAGAACACCUCCUCAUCUCUGCUUCUGAGGCAGAUUGCUCAAUUAUGCUCUGGGACAUACGAUCUAUCCAUUCCAAGCGCAAGGUCCAGCUCCCACUUUCGGUGACGAAAAAGGUCGAAAGUCAUACCAAUUUCCGACAUUUCGGUAUUAACUCCCUCAAUCUCAGCACUGACGGAAGUCGGAUCUACAGUCUCUGCAAAGAUAACACAGUCUACGCCUACUCGACCUCGCAUCUGAUCUUGGGUAACUCACCAGAACUUUCACUUACGAAUCAAGAGCGCUACCUGCAACGAGACACACAAAAAGGACUAGGACCUAUGUACGGUUUCCGACAUCCACGACUACAUGCCUCAUCCUUUUAUGUCAAGUCUGCCAUCAGAAAAGCCAAGGAUGGCAAAUGCGAGAUGCUAGCUGUUGGUAACAGCGGUGGCGACCCAAUUUUAUUCCCAACAGAUGAGAGAUACUUCCCGAAGGAUACAGGAGAAAAAUCAGCUACAGGACUUAAUCCGGAACUUGCACAGAGAAGACCGACCCUUGCUAGAGUAGGCAGUGGCAGCUUUAAUGGUCGGGCGGAAACUUCAAUACCAAUCUCGACAAACGGAACUCCCCUUGUUAGAGGUCACGAUAGAGAGGUUGGAAAUUUAGCGUGGACUUAUGAUGGAGAGCUGGUCACAGUUGGUGAUGACUUUCUAGUGAGAUUAUGGCGGGAAGGAGGAAACGACGCAAGAGACCUGAGAAUGGGUGGUGAAGCUGAUGGCAGACGAUGGGCUUGUGGAUGGGCAGAAGUCAGUGAGGAGUACGAUGACGACGAUUGUUGACUGCUUUCGAGAUACACAUUUGCAGCGAGGUGGCGUUACAGAGAGAGGUCCUUUUCAUUCAUAAGCAGGUGUAUGGCGUUCUGAAGCAUGGUGGAGUCAUGGUUCACCAAUUGAAUACUAUUGAUUCUCUCGCAUGCAGUUCCCAAAAUGGAACUCGGUG